AUGGCUAUAACUCAGAGACCGCUGGAGGUGGACGCCGUGAUUGUCGGCGCUGGAUUCUCCGGAAUUUAUGUUUUGCAUCGUCUGAGAGACCAGCUGGGCCUGAAUGUCAAGAUUCUCGAAGCUGGCACCGAUCUCGGUGGCGUGUGGAAUAACAACGUUUACCCCGGUGCCCGCGUCGACUCGCCUGCGCCGGUUUAUGGCUUUGCAAUGGCAAAGGUCUACAAGACGUGGAAAUGGAGUCAGGCCUAUCCGGAUCAGAAGGAGCUGCAGGCGUAUUUCCACCACGUCGAUCAAGUUCUCUCCAUCAAGAAAGACUGCAUCUUCAACUCACGCGUCAAUGCAGCCUCUUUCGACCCGGAUCAGGCGAGAUGGACUAUCCAGACCGAAGAUGGAAAGACGGUUCGAGCCAAGUACUUCAUCCCCGCAAUCGGCUUUGCCGAGCAGCAAUACGUUCCACCCUGGAAGGGGUUCGAUUCCUUCAAGGGUACGAUCCAUCAUUCCUCCCAAUGGCCCCGAGAAGGAGUCGACGUGAAGGGGAAACGGGUCGCGGUAGUUGGCACCGGAGCAACGGGAAUCCAGCUCAUCCAGGAAUGGGCGAAAGAGGCCGCCGAGCUGGUUGUUUUUCAACGAACACCCAACUUAGCCCUGCCGAUGCGUCAAAGGAAGUUCGACUCGGAGGCACGGCGCCAGAUGCAGGAUGACACCACGGAGCUGUUUGCGCGCUCCUGGGAGACUGGAUCCGGGAUGCCUGAUCCCGCUCCAUCGAAGGUGUUCGCGGACUAUACGCCCGAGGAAGCCGAGACGGUUCUCAAUCGCCUCUACGAGGAAGGCGGCUUCAAGCUCUGGUCCAGUGGAUAUAUUGAUCUCCUCAUGAGCCCCGAAGGCAACCGGUUCACAUACGAUCUGUGGGCCAAACGGACUCGUGCACGAAUCCACGAUCCAGUCAAGCGCGACUUGCUGGCGCCCCUCGAGCCACCGCAUCCAUUCGGCACCAAACGUCCCUCUCUGGAGCAAGAUUAUUACGAGCAGUUCAACAGAGUGAAUGUUCACCUCGUUGAUACCAAGGCACAUCCGAUCGUGGAGAUCACACCCCAGGGCAUCGUGACUGACGACGGGAAGCUGCACGAGGUAGAUAUCAUUGGCAUGGCGACCGGUUUCAACUCGAAUACGGGCGGGUUGUCCAAGAUGGGCAUCAAAGAUCUGAACGGCGUGGAUCUGGGACAGCGGUGGAAAGACGGCGUUCGGACACACCUGGGGCUGACGGUGCCUGGAUUUCCCAAUAUGUUCCUGCCGUACUGUGUUCAGGCCCCGACUCCAUUCACCAACGGGCCCGUGUUCAUCGAGUUCCAGGCCAACUUCAUUCGCGACAUUGUGAAAAAGAUGGAGAGAGGCGGCACCCGAUCGAUAGAUCCCAUGGAAGCAGCCGCAGAAGCCUGGAGAGCGGAGGUCCAUGCAAUCGGGGACAUGACUCUGUUCCCGCAAGCCAAAUCGUGGUACAUGGGUGCGAAUAUCCCCGGCAAACCGGUGGAGAUGCUCUACUAUUUCGGUGGAGUUCCGCGCUAUCGCGAGACGUGCGGAGAAGCCCUCGACAAGUGGGAUAAAGUGUUCAUCUGUCAUUGA